AUGCGCAACUGGUUUAUUCUACUCCUGCUUGCAGGAGGCGCUUAUGCAACUACUGAACAGAAACCAAUAUGUAGGAUAGGCGAUGGAUGUGAUAGUGCAGGAUGUCGGAUACCGACACAAGGAGAUGCUUGUGACGAGGAGAUGAGCAUUGAUUCAAUUUAUUGCGAUCUUGCUAUAAAAACUUGCUUUUAUAUAAACAUGUUCCAGCAAAACCGAUACACACGAGAACGCAUUCCUGAUCUGCAAUCUUGUGAAGAAGGAAAUCGAACGAAAGAUCUGCCCAAAGGUAAUACCAUUUCGUUAAGAUUUUCGACAUUCUUUCUAUUGCAGAGCCAAUUCUUCAUUGAUGGAAAGUGCCGAACUGGCAAUGUUCGGUAUAAGCGUCAAGGAGUCGCCGGAUCUGGAAGAGUUGGAGAUUUCUGUAGCUUCAAUACGGAUUGUCUUACUGUAAUUUAUCUUUCCUUUGCUUUUAUCGAACUUUCUUUUCAGGGAAUGUUCUGCUCUACUGGCUCAUGUACCUGUCUUUCGAACUUUGUUGCUAUUCAAGGAUACUGUUAUCUUAAGAAGAAUCCAGGAGAGUCUGGGUGUCAAUAUGCCGAACAGUGCUCUGCAGUUUGGCCAGAAUCCAGAUGCGAGAAGUCUAGAUGCGAGUGCCCAGAAGAUGUUAAUGGAAUUCCAUAUGUUCAAGCCAAGACCAGAGAUGGAGUCGUAUGUGUUCUUCACUCCGGAGAAGAUGGAGAUCCGGUACCAAAGUGCCCACUUCCAGAAUAUGACGAUGACCUCUUGACAAUGCCAGUCUCUCAACUUCGCAACCCACAUAUGACUGAUCCAGACGAUGCUGAUAUCCAGAUGGGAGAACACAUCAACCCUCUUCAAUUCUGUUCUUCUCAAUCCACAGAUUACACUACCUUUGUUGCCAACGGUGGAGGUGCAUGCGCUUUUGCCACUGACUCCAACAAUGCCCAGGAAGGAGAUGGUGUUUAUAUCGCUGAUAUCUAUGACUGUGUCACAUCAACAACUUCUAUGGCCAAUGUGAAGACUGCUAUGGAGGGAGUCUACGACAUCCAUCCAGCUUCCGAUGGUAUUUGCUGCCCGAACAGAGCUUUCACUUGCAUUCAACCAAAGAGAGAAGCUGAUAGUGGAAGUGCUGCUCCAGCUGGAGUCAGACCAAGAUGGUGGUACAAUGCUGUUACUGGAACCUGCGAACAGUUCAUGUGGGACCCAUGGGAUGAGACCGAGAUGCAAUCCCCAAACAACUUCAAGACCAGAGAGCACUGCGAAUCUUAUUGUAGAGAUACCUGCAAACGCGGAUCACCACAAUACCUGACUGGAUCAAGCCAAAAUGAGGAUGAAGUCGUUAACAACUGCCAGACAGCCUCCUCAUGCACAUCUAACUUUGAAUGUACCUCUAUCGGAUCCAUGCAACUUUGCUGCCCAACCGUCGCCAGCAUCUGCUCUAACACCGGAGGACGUCCAGUCGAUCUCAUCCGUUCCACCAACUUUGACGCUGGAAUGCUCAUGAAGAGAAGCUUCUCGAUGACAUUCUCCACUAGCUCGCGAUACUACUACGAUGCUGAACAAGGCAGGUGUAUUGCGUUCACUUAUAACGGAGCACUCGGAAACUACAACAACUUCAAAUCGUCAGCUGAUUGCGAGCUGUUCUGCGCCAAAUUGCAAUGCAAAUAUGGUACACCACUUAAGAUCGGAUCAUCUAAUCAGAGAUGUUCUGCUAACGCCGAUUGCCCAAGUACUCAUGAAUGCCAAUCGGAUCACAACGUUUGCUGCCCAAGACCACAAGCCAUCUGCUCUCAGCCACUUCGUCUCGGAGACUGCAAGCAAUCCGUCCGUCGCUACUGGUACAACGCCGUGACUCGUGCUUGUGAAAUCUUUGAUUAUACUGGAUGUCAAGGAAACGACAACAAUUUUGAGACUCUGCUCGAGUGCCAGAACACCUGUGAGAAUAUCAUCCCAGAACCACAGUGUCCACAAGGAGACGCCUACAAAGAUUAUCAAGGAAACUAUUAUGUGUGCUCCAAUUCUGGCGCCGGCAACUCUUGUCCAGUCAACUACGAAUGUUACUUUGACGGAUAUGUCUGGGGAUGCUGUCCAACCAAGGCUUAUACAUGCACUCUCUCCCCACACAAAGGAGUCACCUGUGGAUCCGGAUCAUCCUACAGAUAUUACUACAACUCUCAGACUCAAGAAUGCGAGUCCUACCAAUACAAUGGAUGCGAUGGUAACUCCAACAACUUUGCUACCAGAGAAGAUUGUGAAGGAUACUGUGGAGUUGGAGGAUGUCCAAAUGGAGGAACCCCUGAACGCAACGAGUUCGGUCAACUCAUGGUCUGCUCUGCUACUCAAACCUGUCCUGGAACCCACGAGUGUACUUCAGUAAACUCAGGAUCUUCUGUGGUCAACAGAUGCUGUCCAACACGUGCAUACAUUUGCUCUCUUCCACCACAGCAAGGAUCUUCGUGCAGCAGCUCUGCAGCGGCUCGCUUCUAUUUCAAUAUUGUCACAAAGGAGUGCACCCAGUUCACCUACAACGGAUGCUCUGGAAACUUGAACAACUUUGCCACCCUCGAGCAAUGCAACAACUUCUGUCUCUCUGCUGCUUGCACACCAGGAGAUGUUGCUUACGUAAACCCUAACACCAACAUGCCAUACGAAUGCAAUGCUGCUUUAUCGAACUCGUGUCCAACCAACUUCGGAUGUACUUAUGACCAGCUUUCCGGAAACUCUGUCUGCUGCGGAGCCACCAACAUGGAUGUCUGCCCAGAAGGCGAGAAGGCCUAUGUGAAUGCUGCCGAUAUGGGAGUCCGCGAGUGCCUGAUCAACGUUGAGGGAUCCUGUCCAAGUAACUAUCUCUGCAGAUUUAAUGCCUUAAAGAACCGAUACUAUUGUUGCGCAUCCAUUACUGGAGAUCUUUGCCCAUCCGGAAAGGCUCUCUACAAGGAGCCAAGUUCUAAGGCUCCAAUCCGUUGUACUAUUAGCAGCAAUAACAACCAAUGUCCAACUGGUUACACAUGUCAAUCGGAUGUUCCAGGAGCCUUCCAGGGAUACUGUUGUUCUGGAAAUCAUCUAUGCCCUAACAAGGCUGAGUUCUACUUGGAAGAGUCUUCCCAGAUGCCAAGAUCUUGCACAGUUGGAGCUUUCAUCACCUGCCCUAACGGAUACUCCUGUCAAUCGACCCAAAACGAAUUCACUACUGGAUACUGUUGCAAGGGAGAGGUAGCAUCUGUAUCUGAUGGAUGCCCACCAAAUGAGUACGUCUUCAUGAAGGAUAACCAGAUCGCCCCAUGUGAUCCAUUCAACCCACCUAACGCACCUUGUCCAAAUGGAUAUUCCUGCCAAUGGUCGUUGGCUAAUCAGAGGUAUCAAUGCUGUGGAGCCACGCCAAUCACUACUCCAAAGAGUAUUGCUGCUCUUGGAUGCCCCAACAACCAGGUUGCCUACCGUGAGCACUCUUCCAAUGCCCCAAGAAUCUGUACAGCUGCCUCCCAAAACUGCCCAACCGGAUUCUUCUGUCAAUUCUCUACUGCUAACAACCAAUUCCAGUGCUGUGGAAUGUCUGGAGGAUGUCCAAAUGACUCGGUUGCCUUUAUUGGAAUCACCGGAGAGCCACAAUCUUGCGCCAUCGGACAGAGCACUUGCCCAUCUGGAUACUCCUGCCAAAGAAGCAUCUCUGGAGCUCAACUCUGCUGCACCACUAACGAAGAGAUCCUUCCUCCAAGUACCAAGGGAUGCACCGAGAAACAAGUCGAGGUUGAUGGAGUUUGUCUCGAUAAGAAAUCUCUCGGAGAGGCUUGUAACAACCAAGUACAAUGUCCAACAGGAUCCACGUGCAAGGAUUCGGUGUGCUCUUGCCCAGAAGGACAUCAUGAGCUCAACGGAGUCUGUCUUGCGGACUGUGGAGCUAAUGAAGUCGAGGUCGCUGGAAAGUGUGUUGUCAAGGCCCUUAUCGGAGAAGCUUGUGAAGCUGAUGAACAAUGCCAAGGAGGAUCUUCUUGCUUGGAUGCAACCUGUACUUGCCCAGAAGGAGAGGAAGCUGUGGAAGAUGUUUGCAUGAAGAAAAUGUCUCGACCAAUGAGCACUUGCCCUGUGCCAGGACAAAUUCCGUACCUUGAGCCACGUACCAAGAACGCAAGAUUCUGUACCCCAUCUCGACCAAAUUGUCCACGUGGAUUCAGCUGUCAAUUCUCUCAAACUGCUCAACAAAAUAUAUGUUGUGGAGGAGGAAAGGCUUCAUCUGUAGUUGCAGAAAAAAAAAACGGAAAGCCAAGCACCUUCAGUUCCAAACCAAAUGGAAAAGAAGACACUGACGAGGAAUCAGCCACAAACGUUUGUGAUAGAGGGAGUGCAUACGUUGUGAACGGAACACCAAAGCAGUGCACUGUUUCUCCAUGUCCAUCUGGAUACAAGUGUACAUUCUCCAAGAAGAGUAAGAACUAUUACUGCUGUUCUUCGAAGGUUUCUCCAACCACCGGUUCUGGAUCAUCCGGAGCUGCUAAUGGAUGUGCCACUGGAACCGCUUUGUUGUUCCCAUCCACUGGCACCCCAGUGCAGUGCUCGAACAGUGGAUCUAAUAGUUGCCCUGCUGGAUACAAGUGCCAGAAGAGUACAUUGUCCAACAGAUUCCAGUGUUGCUCAGUUGUUGAGGAGGAAGAAGAGGAAGACAUUGUAGUGAAGGCUCCAGUCAGAGGACGUCCAGUGGUUGGACGAGGAACGACCAAUAAAAACAAGGAGAAUGCGGCGAAUGGACCAUGCUCGAACGGACAAGUACAAGUGCUACGAAUCGUCGGUGAAAGAAUAAUGAAGAAGUGCGAAGACAAGUGUCCUCCACACCAGGUAGCUGUUCGCGGAAUCUGCCGUGACAAGUACCUCGCCGAUGCUCCACUCAACAACGAAAUUUAA